GCCGGCCAAAUUCCAUGUUGACAAUCGAAUUGACAAUCAGCUGUUAAAUUUCUUUGGCAAUUUUUUUUAUUUACAUUAAUGUCAUGCGCUGAAAAAACAACAUCAAACGACCCUUUUUUGUAAUGCCCUUCAAAAUUUGAGUGAUUGAAUGUGAUCUUGUGGCGAAAUCAGUGUGUAAAGAUGUCACAGGAGAAGGUAAAAGAAUUUUAUGCCAACGAUAUCGUGUAUAGAUUUGAUAAGAGCAAGAAAAUCAUAUUUGGGGUUGUGUUGGACUCCUAUGAGGCUUCCAAUGAUGAUACAGAUGAUGUUAAUUCGUUACAAAAGGGCCAAAUCAGAGUCUCGUGGAGUAACACUUCUAGGGAGCAAAUUUGGCGUCAAAGUAAGGUUUACUUGAUGAAUCGCAGUAUUAUACCAGGAGAUAUUAUAAGAAGAUUAGAGAAAGGCAAAGAGACACAAAGGGGAUACUGUAAAAGCAACAAACAAAUUGCCGCGGUACAAAUUGUAGGUACAGAUAAGGUGAUUGAGCAUGUCUCCAGUGAUCGGCUUAAAAACGUUAGACCAUUUGAUGUUGAUGAUGCUGUUAGUUGUGGAGAUAUAUUUGGACGCAUUGAAAGCAUUGACCAAUUGGUCACAAUGCGAUCAAUUGAUGGUUCUGUAGUUGAACUUCUCACCAGUAUGAAUAAUGAUUUUGAUGAUUAUUGGUUAUCAAAGAGGGGUGGAUUGCUUUCAAUGGAAGUCUACUAUCCAGGUCAGGAAGUGGUCGGUGUUCCUGCCAAUUUUGUCCGUCCCACCUGGAUUAAAAAAACAAAGACCAUGAAACGGAAUAUGCAACAAAGACAAAGAUUCACUAUUCAGGAGGUCAAUGAUGCCAUGAUAGAGGUUGCUUUGCACAGUAAUAUUAGUGGUUAUUCUCAUAUUUCAGAAAUAAUGAAUGAGGAUAUCAAAAAGCUGCAAGUUUUGGAACAUCCAAGCGAUACCGCUCUGGAAUUAAUGGAUAGGCGAUUGUUGAAGCUUAAUUCCCAUGAUAUUCUUCUGAGAAAAAAGGACUGGGUACGGAAAUUGUCAAUUAUGCAUCGUCCGGAGGCGAUUCGAGUUCGCCACAAUCUCAAUUGCAAUUCGAAAAACACUAUUCGAGUGCCUCGUAUUCGUAGCUCGUCGCUGCUGUUUUCUCCAUCACCUACCAAAAUUGACUGUGAUAAACCUCCAGUGUUUCCAGGCGUUGACGAUGCCGAAGACGAUUGGUGGACGGAAGAAGGUGAAGAAUCUGAAGAGGAGAAUACUGAGUGUGGAAGUAACCCUUCAAGUCAAGCGACUAGCGUAGUAAUGCCCAAACCUGUUCCAAGAAAGAAACAUUAUCCACCUAGACCCUGUGAACUUACUGCUGGAAACACAUUGGCAGUUGAAGUGGUUUCUGUUGAAUCAAAAAUAACGGUCGUAUGGCAGGAUGGCACUGAAGAAAAAGAUAUUCCGUCCACCCAACUGUAUUACAAUAUAUCCAUAGAUGAUCAUGAGUUCUUCCCUGGUGAGUGGGUUGUGAAAUCCUCAGCCGGUAAAGAUUCAUUUGGCGACGGUAAACAUGGUGUUAUUCAACGAGUAGAUUAUAUGGAGAGAACUGCCACAGUUAAAUGGUUUCAAACUUCGCAAGCUGGAAAGCCGCCGCUAUUUAUUAAUAGUGAAGAGUUGAGCGUAUACGAUUUAAAAAAACAUUUUAAAUAUAUAUACAGGCCUGGCAGUAUAGUGAAAGCCAACCCUUCCGUGGAUGGAAAGAUAGGAAAAGUUAUUGAUAGUUGCAUAGAUGGGUAUGUGAUCGUUGAAUGGCAACAGGGGAAGUUAGAGAAUUGUUGGCCGGAAUCCAUCGAGCUUCUUCCAGAUAGGUCGGAUUACGCGUACUCGGAUUCCGAUGAAUCAACAGCUGACUUAGUUUCAUGGGAAACUGAAAGUAUACAAUCAUAUGCAGGCGGCGAUCUGAGCGAUGAAACAGUAUUACAAAACAUCGCAGCAAGAUUAGAUUUUGUCCGAUCUAGAAUCGUCUAUCUAAAAGAUGUAUUUAAAACUCACACCAUUUCAGAUAGUUUAGCUAUUCUCAAAGAUUUACUUACGGUGUAUGAAAAUUCAAGUUAUUUAGAUAAAUUAUUAGGAACGUCUUUUUUUAGCUUGAAGAGCUCACAUUUUCAGGCCUUGUUGAUGCAAGCCAAAGAAAAAGCUAAAGCACAAAACAUCGAACUUAGAGGUCGAUUAUUUUCAAUUGAAAAUGGAGUCAAUGUUACGAAGAACAAAUCAGCAGAAUCGGAAAAUAUAAAGAAAAUGAUUAAAUUGGAAAACAAAGUAAAUGCGGAAAUAGAGAAACAAGGAGCAAAUAAACAACUCAAAGAUUCGACAGCGCCGUCGACGCCCGAGAGUCUAGAUGAUUCCGACACUUGGCAAGAAAAUUUAUGCGUGGAGCUUUUGUCAACUUUAAAACUAAGAAUGGAUUUAACUUAUGCUGAAAUAAUUAGCCGAAUAGGGGGCAGUCAAGCUCUAAGCAUUAUCACAAAGGCAACUGAAAGUAUUGCCACACCUCUGAUUUCCACGCCUUUACCAAGCGUUCCUGCCACUCCAGACGAAUCUGUAUCUAUAACAAAUUCCCUCAAAAUUAAAAAUUCAACAUCGAGUGACAAAUUGAUGGACGUUCAACUCGAUAAAGGGGCUAAAUGGUAUAUCAGCGUAGAAGAAGCUCCUGUAACUCAUCACUAUUUCACUUCUAAGUUUGAACCAGGGGAUACACAGAAAUUUCUCAAAUCUGUCGUAAAAGAAUACGCUUUGCUCAAAGAGUCUCUACCGGCCGAUGUCUGGGUAUGCUCUUAUGGAAACAGAUUGGAUCUCUUGAGUGUCAUGAUUCGGGGACCAGCUAAAACUCCUUACGAAGAUGGGUUGUUCUUGUUUGAUAUUCAGCUAAGUGCUGAUUAUCCCCGAUCUCCUCCUUUGGUUCAUUACAUCAGUUACAGUUCAGAGCGACUAAAUCCUAAUUUGUAUGUUGAAGGAAAAGUAUGUGUUUCACUUUUGGGCACCUGGAUGGGUAAAGGCACAGAAGUCUGGGGUCCAGACAGCACCCUUUUACAGCUCAUUGUGUCCAUUCAAGGCCUUAUUUUAGUUUCUGAACCGUAUUAUAAUGAAGCUGGCUAUGAGAAGCAAACCGACUCUCAACAGGGAUAUGAAAACUCCAGAACCUACAAUGAACUCGUCAUAUUGAAGUUGGUUCAAAGUAUGACUGAGCUGUUGCUUAAUCCACCUGCCGUGUUUCACGAACAAGUACUGAGUCAUUUCGCACAAAAUGGGGAAAAACUAUGCCAACGGUUAGAGAGCUUCUGGAGAGAUCAGGAUCCUCUAAAGCCCGAUUUUCCUCUAUUGCCUGUUAGCAAAGGCCUAAUAUUGUCACUAUCAUCGGCUAUCAAGCAUUUUAGGGAUGUCCUAGAACGUAAAACGAGUUCAAAAUCGUCCGAAGCUAAUCCUGUUUCCAGCAGUGAACAAAAGAUCGAAUUAUAACAAUGUUAAUUUGAAAUUGUUUUGGUGGGUAUCAGUAUUGUCCAAAAACAAGUUGGAUGCGAAACCUAAUCAUGUUAAAAGCAAUAAAAAGCGAAUUUAAAUUUUGCUUUGUUCUUGAGAUCAAUAUACCUUUUUUAAACUAUUCCUGGCACUUGCUGUAUACCCACUUAUUUUUGUGAGUUGUAACUAGUUUAUUUAAUUACUCGUUUAUUUUAAAUAAACUGGUACUUGUUAGGCUUAGUUAUUUUUUAGGCGUUUUCAAGGGAAGAAAGUUAGUGAUAUAUUUUUAUUCAAUACGUGCUGUAUUACCUGAAAAGGAAAUUUAUGUUAUUAUGCAAACAAAAAUGCUUUCCCGAAAAGCAUCCUCUCUACUGGGACUUGAACUUAGAUAGUUUUUGGUAUACAUUAGACGGUAAAUAAAUUAUCUGCAUUGUUCACGCUCAUAAGUUAACGUCCACUCAAAAUAAAUUGCAAAACUAAACCAACAUCAAGUUUUUGCCGUUGAUUCUUUAAAACGAGCUGUGUUAGAAUACGUACUAUAAUAAUUAUUUUGAUAUUUAUUUAUUUAUUCGCUUUUUUAUUAUUAUAUGGCUUCCUAGAUUUAUUAUAAGGUAUUAUUUUCGUAUGCAUUUUUCAAUAAAUUUUUUAUUUCAAUUCCAACUGAAGUUUGAAAUGUUUAUUUUGAAAAAAUAUUUAUUCAAAUUUGGUGCAAUAGCACUUUUGAUUCAUGAUAACUACCAAUUUUUCAAUUUUAAAUAAAGUUAAAUCUUGCACAAAUAUUUCGCAAAUUGUCGAAAUCGAUCUUCCGAAAUAAUUAGAUUUAACAACGCUUGUUAUGUAGCCUUGAAUUAUUGUCAAUGAAACUGUUAUACUGUU